AUGGAUAGUAACAAAGAAAUUGUGGAGAAAAUAAUAACCCCAGAGUUAUAUUUCCUAAUUUCCAAGUUUCUGUCCGCUGGUCCACUCAAGGAAACGGCACAGGUUCUGAUCCGGGAGCUUGAAGCUAAGAAGGUACUGCCGAAGCGCUUAGAUUGGCUAGGCAAUGAACAUGAUCAAUCGUUGGCUGAAUUGGAGAAACAGUAUGCUCACAUUGGGUCAAAUCAUUUGCUGGAAAUUUGCUGCCGCAUUGGACCAAUUUUGGAUAAGGAGUUGACGCCCAGUGUUCCCGGACUAGUGUCGCUUUUGGGCGCUGGGCGUCAAAGCCUUCUUAGGACUAAGGAUAGCAUAUUUAAAUCUAGAUCAUUACUGGAUUAUUGCACAAGACUACACGGAGUAUCACUGCCAGAUUCCGCUGUAACAAAACCAAUACAUAAUUUUCAAAAAGUGUUAAUUGGACGAGAAUAUGGGGGCCCGGUACGACGAAAACUUUUAGUACCUACCAGUUUAUUUUCCAAAACAAAACUUUUGCGUCGCACUGUGGGCCAUCUUUCGUCCGUUUAUUGUGUUCUGUUUGAUCGUACCGGUCAUUACAUAAUAACCGGCGCUGACGACCUUUUGAUUAAAAUCUGGUCAGCAAUGGACGGGCGUCUUUUAGCCACUCUUCGAGGGGCAUCGGCGGAAAUCACAGAUAUUGCCAUUAAUCUCGACAAUACUAUGUUGGCUGCAGGUUCUUUAGAUAGAAUAUUGCGGGUUUGGGAUUUGCAGACUACAUCUCCCAUAGCGGUGCUGUCAGCGCACACAGGCAUGAUAACUUCAGUUAACUUUUGCCCUUCUCCCAGAGGAGAUUUAAAAUAUUUGGUAACAACUAGUACAGAUGGGUCCAUAGCAUUUUGGCAGUAUUCGACACCUCGAGGUCAGAAAAUAACGUUCGCUCCAAAGCCAAUACAAUAUCACGAAAAGCUACGCCCAGGUCAGGCUCAAAUGAUGUGCACCUCGUUUUCGCCCGGUGGAAUGUUUUUGGCAGCAGGAUCAGCGGAUCACCAUGUACGCGUUUAUCUUAUGUCAGAAGAUGGUCCCAAACGCAUUCUAGAAACGGAAGCGUAUACUGAUGCUGUUGAUUCCGUCCAGUGGUCUCAUCGAGGCCUUCGUUUCAUUUCGGGAAGUAAAGAUGGUUCUGCACACAUAUGGACCUUUGAGUCACAACAAUGGAAAAGCGUUAAGUUGUGUAUGACCGAACGCCUGCCAACCUGUCCAGAGCCUGAAGAGGGGAAAAAAUUGAAGGUGACCAUGGUUGCAUGGGACUGUUCCGACAAAUAUGUUAUUACUGCGGCUAAUGACUUUACUAUAAAAAUAUGGAAUGCCAAAACUGCCAAACUUCACUGUGUUUUACGUGGACACAAAGAUGAACUUUUUGUAUUAGAGUCAAAUCCCAAAAAUGAACAUGUUUUACUCUCAGCCGGUCACGAUGGUCAAGUCUUUUUGUGGGACAUUGAAAAGGGAGAGUCUGUAGCACAUUUUGUAAAUAAUAUUGAUGGCCAAGGCCACGGUGGAGUAUUCGAUGCAAAAUGGUCCCCCGAUGGCACAAUGAUCGCAGCCACUGAUUCACAUGGCCACAUACUAAUAUUUGGUUUGGGAGUAGGUCCUGACAGAUAUAAAAUAUUGCCCACCGAGCUAUUCUUCCACACGGAUUAUAGGCCAUUGCUACGAGAUGCUUCGCACCAUGUAGUAGACGAACAAACACAGGUUAUGCCACACCUAAUGCCGCCGCCAUUUUUGGUUGAUUCGGAUGGCAAUCCCCACCCGGCCAGGUACCAACGGUUUGUGCCGGGAAGGGAAAACUGCUCCACUGACCAGCUAAUACCGAAUCUAUCUGUAGGCCCCGAUGGCAUCAUUGAAGAAAAUGGGGGAAAUAAUCAAAAUGGUGGAAAUUAUUCACACAUUGAUCGUCUAAUAGCCGCAUUGGCAAAUCGUCAAGGAGGUGGUAACAGUAGCAACCAGCAAAGUCCUCCGGCAUCGGGAGCGAAUAGAUCACAGUUAGAUCGAAUGAUCGAAGCUUUGGCGAAUCGUCAGGGGCACGAUGUGGCCCCCGACUCUAACAAUCGUACCUCUGGAAACGUUCUUGGCAACGGGCCUACUACAUCGCGAAAUGCAUCACUUGAUGGACGAAAUUUAGAAUUAUCUCAACAACCCCGACAAGGUACAACCUGGGGACGACCCCCAGCUGAACAACAAUCUCACCAGCUAGCUCCGCUUAAAUAUGUACGUAGGAUAUAUGUGCGUCCCAUGAAAUAUGCACAACUUCAAAAUCUUAAACAGACGGUUUAUGCAGCAGGACAAUACGAAAUGCAAGAAUACAAACGUGAAAUGAGACGACGUCCCAUUAUGAUAAGUACUGCAAGUGUAGUAAACUCUCAAUCGGCAAACGGACGUAACAGAAAUACUCGUGGUUCCGAUCGAAUUGGGAGAAGACGAAGUGGCCGACCUGCGGGGCAGCAAACAAACCAACCAGCGUACCGAACAAGAGCUGUCCGAGAUCAGGAAGAACUCGAUGAACCGUCCGUGCCUGAAGCGUUAGAAGAAGAGGAGGAAAGCAGUAACUCGUCUGGCGAUACAAGUUAUUCAAAUAUAGAGGAGUUGGAUGAAUCAUCGGAGGAUUCCGAUACGGAGUCGUCUGAUUAUUCCGAUUGGGUCGCUGAUACUCCGGGCCCGAAUUUGGAACCACCCAAACGUUCUAAGCGUAAACCUCUAUCUCGAAAGAGAACCUUGAGCGAAGACAGCAGUGAUGAUACUACCGAACAGGCAACUACAUCUGCUAAAGCUACAAGAAAGAACAAAAAGGUACUUAUUCCUCCAGCCGCAUCAAAUGGCGAAAUACCUGAAAUAUAUAGACCUGCAGAAUGGCUUUCUGAAGUAAUCCCACGAAAAGCCCCUUAUUAUCCACAGAUGGGUGAUGAGGUUGUUUACUUUCGACAAGGCCACCAACGUUAUAUUGAUGCUGUUCGCAUGAAAAAGGUCUACAAAGUAUCACAUAGCUCGGAACCGUGGAGUUUUCACACCCUUCGUGACAAGGAACUUGUUAGAGUCAUUGGAAUUAAAUAUGAAAUCCGACCACCUCGAUUGUGUUGCCUCAAGUUGGCCAUCAUCGACGAAGACGGGAAUAUGACAGGCACUACAUUCAAGAUAAAAUAUCAUGACAUGCCUGACGUAUUGGACUUCAUAGUUUUGCGUCAAACUUAUGACUUAGCCGUUCAACGUAACUGGAGCAUUGGUGAUCGCUUCCGUUGCAUGAUAGGGGACGGUUGGUGGAUGGGUCAGAUCGAAUCACGGCAUGCUUUAUCUUCGGACUUUCCCGACUCGCCAUUCAUGUGUUUCAGGGUUCGUUGGGAUAACGGCGAAUAUGAGUACAUGAGUCCUUGGGAUAUGGAACCCAUUGACGAGAAUCGUUUGCCGGAUGAAGUUGGCGGAGCCGUGCCUGUCUUACCAGAAGAAAUUCGAGCAACGCUAUACCAACCAAAAUCGGAGGAGUGGCAUCGUGGAGAUCGGGAUGGUUCAUGUCGCAGAAUUAUAAACGGCCUAGAACAGGUGAUGCGCCUGUCAAUUGCAGAACACUUUUUGGCGCCUGUUGACCUGAAUAUAUAUCCUGACUAUGCCUAUCUUAUAGAAUAUCCAAUCGAUCUUACUACGAUCAAAUCCCGAUUUGAAAAUCACUUUUACCGUCGGAUUACCUCGGCACAAUUUGAUGUUCGUUAUUUGGCAACAAAUGCUGAAAAAUAUAAUAGAAGACAUACAAAUAUUGUCAAGCAUGCCCGGAUUAUUACAGAUUUGUGUCUUCGUAUAAUAAGAGAGCCAAAUGACAUAGACGUUGCUGCAGUGUACCAUCAAUUAGUUGAUGUUUACCAUUCAUCUGAGUCAGAAAAUGACAAUGAGUCGGAUGUAGUACCGUCAACCAGUACGGGUCCAUCUACUUCAGCGGCAGCUGCUAAAGGCCGACAUAGCAUGUCCUCCACAAGAAGAUCCAACCGUAUGCGGUCCGACGGCGACUGGCGUGCCGAUUGCCGACAGUUGUUGGAAAUGAUGUUGCAGCGACCAGAUUCACUGCCUUUCCGAGAACCUGUGGAUACCAUCGAAUUUCCAGAUUACUUAGAGAUAAUAUCAACACCAAUGGAUUUACGCACUGUGAAGGAAGACCUACUGGGAGGCAACUAUGAAGACCCAUUAGACUUUGCAAAGGAUGUUCGUUUGAUAUUUCAAAAUUCCAAGAAUUACAACACCAAUAAGCGUUCAAGAAUUUACUCAAUGACCUUACGUUUGAGUGCUCUCUUUGAGACACACAUUAAAACAGUUAUUAGCAAUUGGAAAGCAGCCAGAAGACGAGCAAAUAAAAACAAGUCUCGCAGCGGCACUUCGGCUCGGGGGUCUAGCAGUAGUCCCACUAAGCGCGCACCGUCUGACAGAACGCGUACUACAGGAAGGAGGGGUACAUCGAGUAGAAAUACAAGACGUAUACACAGUUCGGAAGAGUCAUCUCAACACGAUGAAGAUGAUAACAAUCACGAGCCGCCGCGCGUAGCCCAGCGAAGUGGACGGGGCGUUAAUAGUCGUGGUGUUGCGAUGGCAAGUACUUCGAGCUCAAACCGAGUUACGUCGUCUUCGUCACACAGAAGACACAACGAUGUUGAUGAUCCCCAGCCAGGCACUUCACGGGCAUCCCGGCAAAGAAAUCGUGUAGCCGAAAAUGAUGAAGAGGAAGAAGAUGCUCUGUCCGCUUUGUCUUCGGAUUCAGAUGAAGUUGACAGUGAUAGCGCCACAUCGAGUACAUCGUCCUCAUCUGGCAAUAGCCUAAGCGAAAAUUCUGAAGAAAGCUACAGUCCCGAAAAAGAUCGUAAAACGAAAGGACGGAAACGACAUCAUAAAUCGGGACGUACGACGACUCAGCAAGGUCCCCGGAAUAAAAGGAGUCGUCGUCGUCUUUCGGACGAAGACACCGACGAGGACUUUGAUUUAGAUAGUCAUAAAAAACACAAAAAAUCUGGUAGAAAGGUACGAAGGACUCAAAAUGGGAACCAACGUGGUGGGGGUGUUUCGCAUGUUGAUGAAAGUACGCAGGACACAAUUACACAUACGCCUAAGAAAAAAGGGCGACCACCAAAAUCAUCGCGCAACCAGAACGAUGGAUCUAAUUCACUACUAGAGAGUCCGUCGCGCAAUACCAGAACGCAAGCCGUAUCUCAAACGCAAUCCGUAGGCGUUGGUCGCAGAUCGGCUGCUGAGAACGAUCACAGUUAUCAUUUACCUGUACGUAAUGGCCGAGUUGUAGAGUCGGAUAACGAUUCUCAAGAACUUGCAACGCGCCCCACAAGAGCCAGUGUUAAGAGAGCCAUAAUGGAAUGGGCUCGUGCCGAAAGCGAUGGAGAGGGCACUGAGGAAGCUGAAGAGAUACUACCAACACCUACACCCACAAAAUCUAAUUAUUGCGCCAGUCGAGACGAAAACGGACCUUCAACUAGUAAAGCUGCAGCUGCUGCUGCUUCUUCGCGGUCGUCUGCUGGUGUAAGACACUUACGAACUAAUCGAAAUACAGUUGUAGAACCACAACAGGAUUCUGGCGAUGAUGACAGUGACGACGAGCCAUUGGCAUCAAGUCAAAACUCUCAAACUCGGCAACAAAGUGAGUAUAGUUUAACGUCAAUAAUCUCCCCUCACCCCACGCAACUGCAGCGUCGCGAAGAUGGACACACGGUUAAAAUAGCAGACACUUCAUUGCCAACCACACAUAUGACUCGAUCCCACGCCACGUCCACUACUACGAAUAUAGCUACCUCUUCCACAGCGUCAUCGCAACCUACAGUUCAUGAUCACAAUUAUGUUGGAGAUCCAGGACCAUCGACAUCAAGUGCAGCUCUACGUAAUUCAAGGCGGGUUCUUUCACGACACCAACGGAAUGCUGACGAAUUGGACAUCAGCUUGGAACCUUUGGAAAAUACUAUGUUGAUUUCAGCCAGUACACGUCUUAGACGUGGAAUGCCGACAUCGACUACUGCCGCGCCUUCCUAUCAUAGAGAGGAAGACGUCCAACAUGCCGCUGUGGCAGUACGAAGGGGUCGGUCGAGAUUUAGCCAAGAGAACUCACAAACCGAACCUUCUGCUGACGAAAAUGUACACGAAGACGAGGAAGACGGUGUUUCUGAUAUGGGCACUGAUGGAUCGACUGAAUCGUCUAUCAGCGAUGAUGAGUCCGAUUCGGAGGAUAAUCAGCCCCUGACUUCUUAUGUACCUAAAUCAAGGAACGCUAAAAAGGCCCGAACAAAACGACGACGUUCUGAUGACUCUUUCGUAGCUGACGAGGAUGAUGAGGACAAAAAAUACAGCAACACUCGUCGCCAUACCUCCCGUAGAUCAAGAAAAGCCAACACUGCCGGGACCAUUACAAACGGCGGACGCGAUCGCAAUCAAAGGGGUGCUCGCAAUCAGAAACGCCCGCGAUACAAUGAACUCAGUGAUGAUGAAGAAUUCGCUAAUACUAGUAACAGAGGAAGAAAACCUCGCAAGGAAUCAUCCGAAUUAAGAGGUCCGACUAUAAACGACGACGUAGACGCAAGUACGAUGGAUAGCGAUGAUGAUCAACUUGUCAGCGUCAGCAGCAGGGGACGGGUACGAAAAAUUACUGCCAAAGCUAGGGGAAUUUUUAAGGAGUAA